GUGGUGUUUUGGUUGCAGCAGAUGUGCGAUAAUCAGAGAAAAUAAGAGGAACUAAAAUGCACAAGUCGCGUCUUGAGUCACACACGCCCACAGGAACAAGACGUGGCUGCACUCCUGACACAGACAAGUUACUCAUCGGCUGUUUUGAAUGACAGAGAAAGAUGAUCAAGUUAUUGUUGUUUUAUCUCUUCUGUAAGGCUUCAUCAGCAGAGAAACACUCUCUGCGGUUUAUGACCACCGCAUCUUCGGGACUCUCAGACUUUCCGGAGAUGGAAGUUUCUGUUACGAUUGAUGAUAAUUCAAUCGGAUUUUGUGACGGCAGCAACAAGACACUAAAGAUCAACUAUGACUGGUUGAAGAAAGUUCUUCAUGACGACCCUGAGCUGUCAAAGUGGUUUGAAGGGGAGUGCUUUGAACGUCAGCUGAACGGAAAUAAAGUCAGGCUCUCCAUUUUAAAGGAUAUUUUUAAAAAAACAGAAGGAGUCCAUGUUUUUCAGCUGAUGUCCUCCUGUUACUGGGAUGAGGAGACUCAGAGAGGUGAUGGUGCUAUGCGGUUCGGUUAUAAUGGAGAAGACUUUAUUGCUCUGGAUUUAGAGACUCCGAAAUGGAUUGCUCUACAACCACAAGCCACCCCAAUGAUUCUUGCAUGGGACCUGAAUAAAGUUAGAUUGAUGAAGAACAAAAUGUUUAUUACCCAGGCUUGCCCUGAUUGGCUUAAGAGAUCUUUGAUAAAAGGGAAGAGCAUUCUGCUGAGAACAGAGCAUCCUUCCUUGUCUCUGCUGCAGAAGUCUCCUCCCUCUCCUGUCAGCUGCCACGCUACAGGUUUCUAUCCCAGGAGAGCCCUGAUGUUCUGGAGGAAAGAUGGAGAGGAAAUUCAUGAGAAUGUGGAUCAUGGAGAGAUCCUUCCAAACGAUGAUGGGACCUUCCAGAUGAGGGUUUACCUGAACAUUUCCUCAAUCAGUCCUGAAGACUGGAGGAGGUACGACUGUGUGUUUCAGCUUCAUGACAAAGAAGAAAUUGUUAAACUGGAUAAAGCAGUUAUAAGAACCAACAGAGAGAGGCAUAGUAACAUUACCAUCCCAAUCAUAGCUGCUGUGAUUGCUUUUGUUCUGGUUUCCAUCAUUGCUGCUGCUGGAUAUGUGCUCUAUAAAAGGAACAGAGCUGACGAGACUCGCUUUGAACUGAUUUCAGAGACCUGAUGAACAAUCCAUUGCCUGGUGUUUGAAUUAAUUAUAAAUUCUUUCUAUGAAAUGUUGAUUUUUUUAAUACUACAUCACAUUAGAAGGAAUUAACCCACCUUGUAUUAAGUGAAACCAAAUUUCUAUCUUUGCCAAAAGCUGUUUAUCGAACCAUAGAUCCAGUUCAAGUCAAACUUGUUUAAUCUACUGACGGUUUCAGUUCAGAGCAGAUGAAACUAAUCACAUGAAGGUGACUGUUAAAGAAUUUAUGCAGAGUUAAAUCACUUUUCAUAAACUAAAACACCGUAGAGUUGCUGUUGAAGGGAGAAAACAAAAGCCUUUGUCUUAGGGCUUGGUGAUAUAGAAAAAAAAAACGUAUUGAUAAAAUAAAACUCAUAUUGAUCGAUAUCGAUUAUUAUCAACAAA